AUGAUGCAACUAACUUGCUCCGAGCACACAUCCACCAAACAACUUUUCCCAUUUGGCGCAACACGACAGAAUGGAGAACGAAGCAAGAACGAUUUUGAAGAGCCAGCUUUGACCGGAUUACUAAACAAGGGUUGGAGAUCUGUCGGGGUGUUGUGUGACGAGGAGGAUCAUAGGAGACAGAAGCGGAUUAAUCGCGGAAAAUCUAUGAAUGCGCGUGGAAAGGGAAGUGUUCGUUCAUGUGAUCGACAGAGUGAUGUUCACUCCAAAACCCCUCUGAUUGAAGUGCAUCGUUCCCGAACGAUAUCAUUGGCAAACGACAAAUUUGAAGGUAGCGGCCACGAAGGGGUUCAGCCGGCAAGUUCUUCUAAACUUGAAGCUACCUGGAUAGAUAAUGAGCCAGUAUCAAACGGGAAAGUGCCCGAUUCGGAGCAAUCUACCGUGAAAACACCCCGCUCUUGCUCACCAGAUCAAGUUGCCGAAACCAAGCGUGUGCCUGAUACAAAAUUUACAAAGGAUACUCAGGAUUUUCCUCAAACCACAGACGGCCUCGAUGUUUUGGUUAGUGGGAAUCUUAUACAGGACGCGUCCAGUUCUGUGCCGGACAGUACGGUUCAUGAUUCCGAUUGCGAUUCACGUGCACAUGAGGAAGAAGACCAUCUCGAUUCCGAGGAACGUACCAUCUCGCCUGUGUGCGAACUGACGGAAUCGGACGAACUAAAUGGAACAGAUGUGAGCCCUCGUCCGGAGCUAGACACAGAGGAGAACAAAGAUGUCGAACUUGAAACUCCUUCCGGUGAGGCCGGGAAAACACACAAAUCGGAAUUUGAGGAAAAUAAAACUAACUUAAUUGUGAACUAUCUGCCGCAAAAUAUGUCCCAAGAAGAGAUACGCAGUUUGUUUGCUACUAUUGGCGAAGUGGAUAGUUGCAAACUGAUACGGGACAAAAAUACGAACAAUCCACCCCAGAUGCUGAGUGUACUCAAACAAGGAAUUGAUGGAGAUUACCAUCUCACGAGACACGAAUACUAA